AUGGCUCGGUUCUCUACAAUUCUUCUGGCUGCACUUUCUGCGUGCCGAGUCCAAGCCGCUCUCGACAUUAUUCCCGGAGCGACAUGGACUGCGACCAAUACCGGCGAGCAUGUUCAAGCUCAUGGCCAUGGUCUCAUUGAGGUCGACGGAACUUACUACAUGAUUGGUGAGGACAAGACAGACGGAACCUACUUCCAGAACGUCAACUGCUACUCCUCCAAGAAUCUUGUGGAGUGGAAGUACGAAGGCGCCCUCCUCUCGCGCACCACCGAGGCAGGUGACCUUGGCCCUGAGCGCAUUGUCGAGAGGCCCAAGGUUAUCUACAACGACAGGACCCGCAAGUAUGUCCUGUACCUGCAUAUUGAUAGCAAGGACUAUAAGGAUGCCCGCGUUGGAGUCGCCACGGGUGAUAGUGUUUGUGGCAAGUAUUCCUAUCGCGGCAGCUUCAGGCCUCUUGGUCGUCAAAGCCGAGACAUGGGUCUCUUCAAGGAUGAUGAUGGGUCUGCCUACCUGAUGACCGAAGAUCGCGAGUAUGGCACCCGCAUCAUGGCCCUUUCGGAAGAUUACCUCAAUGUCACCAAGAUUACUUUCGAGUGGCAGUACUUUGCCGAGUCUCCAGCAAUGCUUAAGAAGAACGGAUACUACUUCAUCUUUGGCUCGCAUUUGACGGGCUGGGACCCCAACGACAACGUCUAUAGCUACGCCAAGUCUCUUUCUGGUCCUUGGUCUGAGUGGACGGAGUUUGCUCCAGUCGGAUCCAAGACGUUCAGAAGCCAAGUCAGCUACAUCCAGCCUCUUGGCACGGACAAUGCGAUUUACAUCGGUGACCGCUGGGUCUCGUCCAACCUCGCUGCUAGCACCUACAUCUGGUUGCCUCUCACCGUCUCCGGCACCAAGGUUACCCUCGAGUGGCGCGAUAGCUGGGCCCCCGAUGUGUCCAAGGGCACUUGGUCCGAGCGAUCUGGCGAGACCAGCCUUGAAGGUGAGAGUGCUACGCUCAGCAAUGAUGCCGUCGUCAUCUCCUGCAGUGAGUGCAGUGGGGGCAAGGCAGCCGGUUACAUCGGAGGUGACAAGGGCGGAACCGUCACUUUCAAGGAUGUCAAGAGCCCCGGUGGUCGCGAUACCAUCACCAUCAAGUUCCGCAAUGGAGAUACCGCCUCGCGACAUGCUAAUGUUACCGUCAAUGGGCAGUCUCAGCGGGUGGCGUUCCUGUCUACCCGGCAUCACUCUACUGAGGCUGGAAGCAGCUCUCUGCAUUGCAACUUGAAGCAAGGUUCCAACACGAUUGUUUUCUCGGAUGAGGAGGGAUGGGGUCCAGACGUUGACCGGUUGUUGGUGCCUACUGAGUAG